GCCAAUAAAAUCCACAGAAGAAGAAGAAGAAGGAGGAAGAGGUACCACCAACACAAGUGACAACAUGGGAAAUGACAAGAAUCCUCUGGGCCAGCUCAAAGACCUGGUGGAGCUGAAGGACCAGCUGGAAGACAUCCAGAGACGGAUGGAGGAUGAGAUACAAGCUGGGGUUCCUCCAGGUGGCAGUUUCCUCGCCUCUCCUUUCCUGAAGGGUUUUCUGGCCGGUUACGUUGUUGCAAGGCUACGCUCCUCGGCACUGAUGGGUGUUGUUGUUGGAACCUGUACAGGAAUCUAUGCUGCACAAAAUUAUGCUGUUCCCAACAUUGAAAGCACAGUCAAAGACUACAUAAGCAACCUGAGAGGAGGGAGCAAAUAAAAAGAAUGGCGGAAAACUGAAACGAAAACAAAGGAGGGGGAGAAAGAAAGCGCUUCAUAAGAAGAGCGUGCCGAUAGCGCUGCAUACGGGAACAGAUAUGUAUUUCAAAGUUAAAACUUCUCAUAAAUUAUUGUCAACUUCCCCAUAGAUUAUCAUGUUGAAAUUAUAGAGUAAGGUUAACAUAUUUGUUCAUGUUUUUUUUAAAUUCAUUCAGAGGAAUUAAUAAUCUGAACACAUUUGUGUUUAGACUGGGUGUGUGGAUAACAUGUAUAUUGAUAAAAUGUAUGUUAAAAGAAAUACAAUUCAUAUUCUUGCCAUUAUGGUCAAUAAUGGAAAUUAAGACAAACUGCCAUCAUUAAUAUCAUCAUGCUAGCUGCAAUAAUCAAUCUCUGACCUCCAAACUUAACCUGAAAAUGUAUUGCUACAUACAGAGACCAACUAGUAUCCACAUGCACAGGCUACCUGUGUUAGCUAUUUUAUCUCCCUGUAAAAAGGAGGUGCACUACAAAGCGACAAACCACAUUUCUUUGGCUCCUCAGACAGAUGGGAGAUUGUUGAGCUUUUUAUAUGACAGAUUUGCAUAAAAAUGGUGCAAAUGUGUAAAAGAAUAGCAUGUGAGUUUUAGAAACAUGUUGUCUUCUGCCCUCUAGUGGUCAGAAAUUGGUUAUAGCAGUCACAGCUAAUUUGCUCAGGGUUUGAUGGAGCAUGUUUAAAUUUGUCUCACCUUACAUCCCAUGAUGCUCUUCAGUGUAAAACCUGCCCGACUUGUACUGUACAGUUUCCACAUUGUUUGCAGGUGUCAGAGCAAAGGUCCCGAUAUCUUGUGAUCUCUCUUGUGAUCUGUCUUUACGGGCACGACACACCCUCCCACCAUGUUUCUCAAAUGUCACUUUGUAGUUGGUAUUUUUCUUUUAUAUUUGAAGUCCUAAUCCCUGUAGCAGUUCAUAAAAAACACUUUUCAAAGAGCUGUCACUUUUAUUACCAUAAAGCUGACAGCAAAAAAAAAAUCCCAUUUCAAGAAACUACUCCCCAAAUGUUUGCGUAUUCCUCCUUAACAAACUCCUUCAGACAUCAAAUGUAUGCCAAAGUGGAACUUGUAUUUAAAAAGGACUUUAGGAUAUGGUUUAAAUUGCGUUUUGGAGUUUUUAAAAGAUUGCUUUAAGUGUGUCUGUGUACAUUUCUUGUGUGUUAAAUGUAUUUUUAGAGUGCCUACUCUGGUUGGACUUGAUAAAAUCAUCUCAUGCCAUGUGUUCAAUAGCCUCUUCUGAUUGGAUGAGGCUGCCUUUCUCAUAUGCUGGAACCUAGUUGAUUAUUUGCACUUGUAUGUGUUUUAGGGAUUUUAAACUUUUACUUUGUCUUACAAAAAUCUUUUCAUCCCUAGUAAUAUCCAAACCUUUUAAAGACAAUUAGCAACAUGAUAAUUUUGCUUAUGCAUCAUGUUUUGAUGAGUUCUGCAUACUGUACAGAUAUUUCCCUCCCCUUGUCUAGGGAGAGAGAGAUUUAGUCUAAAGAAUGGCUACAUGUCAGUGUAUGUCAUAAAUGAAAAUGAUGCACAGCACUGAACACCUAAAGGGUCGCUCACUUCAUUAGCCUAUAUUCAACAAUAGAAGUUGAAUUGUCAUUUGGUGGUUAGAUAUUUCACAUCAUUACGCAAAUAUUUCAAAAAGAUAAAAGAGCUUAUGAUUUUAAAACUUUUCUUCUAAAACUUUUUUUUUUCAAAGACAAAUAUAUUCUUAUCAGAGGAAAGAAAUAUAAAACUGCACUAAGAUAUUUUAAAAUGAUAGCAACAGUAGGUAACUGAGGUAUUCCUUCGCUGCCAGUGAAAAGAUUGCACAAUGUGUAAUUUGUCAGGCCUGUAACAGGCAGACAAGUAAAGCCAUAAAGGGUGUUUGUGUUCAGAUUUAUGUUUUAAUAUUUACUUUGACUGGAAAGCAUGCUGGGAAACUAUAAGUACUGUGGUUACUGGAACCCCCAAAAAACUUGUGCCUACUGACAAUCAUUCUGUAAUUGUCCCUGCUUUGCAUGCUUCAAGUUUUUCAGUUCAGUUUUUUGUUCAUGUUUUUUGCAUGCCUUCUCUCUUUUUAUAAAGAAAAACACAAUACGUUUAUUUGAAGACUGUAUGCUGUGGAAUAUAGAGGUUGACGGGUACAUUGAUGGGAGAGUUCAUUUCACUGUCCAAUGCAACUUUUUUUGCUGUCCUUUGUUUUCACUCAUGCACAUCAAUGCAGAAACACUCAAAAUCCAACUGUGUAGUAUUCAACUUCACAGUUUGAAAAUGUAAUAAUACUGAAAAAGAAAACAAACCAAAACUGUCUUUAUAUGGUUUAUUUUAGUCUCUCAAAUAAAUGGAUAAAAUACA